AUGAGUCAGAGACAUAUCAGUGCUCAAGCCAUCAAAGAUGCUAAAGCAGCAUUCCCCCCUGGUCAAUUCACCAGAGGGCGAAGUGAAUCAGAUGAUGAGGAUAAUCUCCCUCCAACCCUGGCCAGUACUAGUCAAAGUGUCAUUUCUGUUGAUGAUGAUAGCAACGAUGAAGGAGGUAAGGAUGUGGACGAAGACGAGGAUGGAGAUGGGGAGGAGACAACAUUCAGUGUCAAUUCUAGCACCUCAACAUUGUCUAGACUCAUCAACCGCACUGCAUCUCACUGUGAAAAGUACUUUUCAAUGUGCAAGGAGAAGACAUUAGCACCACAUCACAAGAUCUUGGAUGGCUUCAAAAGCGAGCAUGAGAAUGUUGUUGGCAAAAAUGGCUCGACCAUACAGGAUUAUCUCAAACCAGCAUCAAGGAAGAAGCCUUCGUUCGAUGACCUUACCACCUUCAUUGCGCAAUGGACUGCAGAGACAAACCAACGCACUGCAAUCACAACCAAAAUUAGAGCGCUAUCCAGAGAGAAGCAAGCGGAUUUGAAAGCGAAACUUGCGCGACAAUCUGGGAGGUUCAAUCUCACAUUUGACGGCUGGAGCUCCUCACAGAUGACUUCAUACCUUGGGGUCACAGUUCAUUAUAUUGACGAGGACUGGGCCCUCCACUCCGAUGUGCUUGGCUUUGAACCUAUUGAUGGUAGCCAUAAUGGGACUAAUCAGGCAACCAUGUUGUACAAUUUGAUGUGCAAGUAUGACAUCGCCGAGAAGGUUCUAGCAUGCACCUCUGAUAACGCUUCGGUCAAUGAUGCAACAAUGACAAGUCUUGCCAAGAUACUUUUUGAUGCACAUUUCAUUGAUGCAGACAACAGUCCGAUGCGGAGCCGUUGCUACGCUCAUAUACUGGGGCUUGCCGAAGGCCACCUUUUGAACAGCAUUGAAAAACACACCGCUCCAAUGACGGCAGAGGAGCUUGACAAGGGAAGGGUGGAGAAGGUGGUUGAGACUAGGCAAGAAGUUGAGACUAGGCAAGAAGUAGAAGAGGCAGAGAACUUGCCUGACAAAGAUGUCGCUUCUGAGCCCACUAGCGUCAGCAACCUGCCACCUCUCUUUGAUAAGAUCCGAAAAAUCACUGCUAAAGUAUCGUCCUUCACUUAA